AAUCGGUGCUACCACAUACAUAUUUUUUCAGCUAACUAAUUCUGCAAGAGUAGAAUUUGUUUUUCUAUUAUCGGUGGUUUUAGAACUUGCACAUACUUCAGGCUAAAAAUAACAAAUCCGGAAUGCCGCGCGACUAUGACAGGGAUUACAACGAGGACGCAGCGGACUACAAGCGAAAACGACGCGACGAGGAACCAACGGCGACCGGUGCACCGGAGACUCCGGAGGCGGAUGGCGGCGGACACACCACCAGCCAUGCUACGCUUCGGGACACGCCCCAGCUAAACGAGAAGACGAACGCAUACCUACAGGAGUGCCUGCUGGAGAAGAAGACGCUAGAGAAGAUGCACAUCAUUACUAAGCGGCUGCUUGAUGACGAGGUGGAGAAGAUCUUAGUUAGUGGCCGCAUACCCAAGCCCGAAAUUUAUGCUAACGUGUACAGCGAAAAACCAAUUCGCGUGGCCCAGAAAGUCCUAUUCCCCAUUAAGGAGUACCCCAAGUUUAACUUCGUUGGCAAAAUCUUGGGCCCUAAGGGCAACACAUUGCGCCAGCUGCAAGAGGAAACCAUGUGCAAGAUGGUGGUGAUGGGACGCAACUCGAUGCGAGACCAUGGCAAGGAGGAGGAGCUACGCAGCUCCGGAAAUCCAAAGUACGCCCAUCUAGGCCGGGACUUACACGUGGAAAUAUCCACGGUGGCACCACCGGCAGAGGCCUAUCACAGGAUCAGUUAUGCGCUGGGCGAGAUCCGCAAGUUUAUGAUACCCGAUGCCAACGACGACAUUCGGUUAGAGCAACUGCGUGAGAUGGACGGCAAGGACCGGAUGUACAAGAAGUCUCACCACUAUUCUAAGUCGUAUGGCGACCAUGGCGCCUACAGUUCUCGCACUCCUCCCCCUGCUUCUUCAAAGCCCAAAGUUUAUUCAAUUCUGGAGAAGGCUCGAUAUGUGAUGGACGAUCCCAACUAUGGCAUCGUCAAAACGCAUAGUAGAUCACGGGACCAUGAGCUUUACGAUCACCACGGAGAAUACGAUCGCUACGCCACACCUCCACCCCAGACAUCGAAGCACUCGACCCACCACGCCCAGUAUGACAGCAGCUCCUACGAGCGCGACUACCGGCGUGAGUAUCACCCCCACUCGUCCUCCUCUUCCUACGCGGCGGCCUAUCCAGCAAAACCAAGCAACGGUCGUUCAUCAUCGUCAUAUCGACCAACCACAUCGGGCUCGGGAUCGCAUUCAUCUGCUCACUACGAAACUGGAUCCCGAUCUCGUGAAAGCGUGCGUUAUCGCUCGGCUCCAUAUCCGAAAAUACGUUAACCCAUCGAUUUACCAAAUUCCCAAGAAACCAACCCCAACAACAACCACAACUAAACAAAGUUAAGCAUAAAGUAUAAAAUAUAUUUCAAACAAAUUAUCAACAAUGUUUAAAGUCAACAAUCCGAAUAUGCACACCCAUUAAUAUACUAUCUAAACGAAAAUCAAAUAAAAAACCUAAAUUUGUAUUAAAAUUGUUGUCCAGAAUAUGAAUUGUGUUAAAAAAAAAGAAAUGAUCAUCAAUGCAACAAGUUUUAUCCUCGAAAUGAUUGUAAACAAAACCUUCAAACAAAUUAAUGCUAGUUAAAGCAAAUACAAAAAUGAGAACAAAACACAAACAAAAACCCAAAAACAAUAAAUUAAUCAAUGCGUAAUGUUUAGACUAAGCUUUGGAAAUAUUGUUUCAUAAGAUUAUGAAUAUAAAACCCAAAAAUAAAAGCAAAAGAAAAAAAAACAAAUAUAUGCCCAACGACAAAGUAAGUAUCGCCUGCGGACCGAAUAAUUAACAACAAACACUGAGCAGCAGUUAAAAAAAUUAACCAUUUACCGGCUUCGUUAUUAAUUUCCAAGAGCAAUGAGUAUUGUGAAACGUUCAACGUUGUCGUUUAUAACAAUGAUUUCCGUUUAUUUUGUUUGUUUUCUUUCGAACCAACAAUUGUUUUUAUCUUAAAUAUUAUUUUUAACAAUAAAUCAUUAGACCGAUUAGAACUGAAUAUGUUUGCCGCAAAAAUAUCCUUAAAUAAAGAAAAGAAUAAUAAUCGA